GUAGCAGUUUGUGAAGAAAAGCUUUUUAUGCAUGAAGACAUGACUAUUAAUAUUUUCUUUCCUCCAAAAAACAUCGAACCAAAAGACCAGAAUCAAAAAUGGACACAAAUCGUUAUUGUUUUGACAGGGUGCAUUCCAAUUGCUCAAACCGGUGCCCUUCAUGCAUGGCCGUCUCCUUCAAUCUUAAAGCUCAUGUCAAACGAAUCGGACAUUCCUAUGACGUUUGAAGAAACGUCUUAUUUCGCCAUUAUUCAUCCGAUUACAAUAAUGAUUUUCUGUCCACUUAGCGGAUUUCUACUGAACAUACUUGGACGUAAGAGGCAUAUGAUUCUAGUGUUCGUUCCCCAAUUCACGACCUGGCUCAUGAUAGGAUUCGCGGUGAAUUCGUUAAUGCUUCAUGCAUCCAGAGUAUUGGCUGGAAUCGGAGAUGCCCUAAUGUACAUAUCCGUUCCAGUUUAUAUAGCAGAAAUAUCAGAAAAAAGACUGAGAGGAUCUUUAGGUUCUGUUUUCAUGAUCGGUUUCCUUGUGGGACAAAUUAUAAUGAGCGCGAUCGGAUAUUACUUCACCAUACACACAGCCGCAUUUGUCAUGAGUAGUUUCUCAAUUACUCAUUUGAUAAUUUUCGUGUGGAUGCCGCAAUCUCCUUAUUGGUUGAUAGAGAAAAAUCGGUUGGAAGAAGCUAAACGAGAGCUCCAAAUCCUUCGAUGGAGAUCAAAUGUUGACGAAGAAUUCGAUGAAAUCGAACAAGCUGUAAAGAGACAAAUGUCUGAGAGGAGUUCUUACAAAGACAUAUUCGUCAGUAAGUGUAAUAGAAGAGCGUUCUUAAUAGCAUCAGUGACAAGACUGGCGCAGCAAUUUUCCGGUAUAAAAGCAUAUUUUACUUACAUGCAGUAUAUCUUUCAAGAAGCUGGCGGUGACAUACCAAGUCACGUCUCAUCUAUCUUGUGUAUGACACUUACGGCAAUUGGAACAUUCAUAGCAUCCAGAUUUAUUGACAAAUUUGGCCGCAAGCCCCUCUUCAUGAUCUCAGCUUAUGGGUGCAUCAUCACCCUUUUCUGUCAAGCCGUUUACUUGUAUGUCAGUGACUAUGUCGACACAUCCCCAGUAAGUUGGUUCCCGUUGGCAAUUAUGUUAACUUACAUCGCGUUGUACUCUAUAGGACUCAGUAUGAUACCCACGUUGCUUCUUAGCGAGUUAUUCUCGGCCAGCAUCAAAUCCAAAGCUGUUCUGCUUCAGAUUAUGAUGUUGGCAUUUGCGUUGCUGACUUCAGCUAAAAUAUUUCAAAUACUUGCUGACAAUUUUGGAUUGUUUGUUCCAUUCUUGUUUUUCGCACUUUCGACGGUUUGCUUCACUAUCGUAGUUUCUUUCAUNCCUUCAAUCUUGAAGCUCAUGUCAAACGAAUCGGACAUUCCUAUGACGUUUGAAGAAACGUCUUAUUUCGCAAUUAUUCAUCCGAUCGCAAUAAUAAUUUUCUGUCCGCUUUGCGGAUUUCUACUAAAGACACUUGGACGUAAGAGGCAUAUGAUAUUAGUGUUCAUUCCCCAAUUCGCGAGCUGGCUCAUGAUAGGAUUCGCGGUGAAUACCACAAUGCUUUACACUUCCAGAGCACUGGGAGGAUGCGGAGGCGCCAUAGUAUUCACAACGCUUCCGGUUUACGCGGCGGAAGUAACGGAGAAACGACUGCGGGGGUCUUUAGGUUGUCUCUUAACAGUUAGUUACUUUGUGGGUCAAAUUAUAAUGAAUACAGUCGGAUAUUAUACGACCAUCCGGACAGCUGCGUUUAUUAUGAGCAGUUUCUCAAUCCUCCAUUUAAUAACAUUCGUGUGGAUGCCGGAUUCUCCUUACUGGUUGAUUGAAAAGAAUCGAUUGGAAGAAGCCAAAAGGGAUCUCCAAAUCCUUCGGUGGAGGACGAACGUUGACGAGGAGUUCUACGAAAUCGAACAAGCCGUAAAGAGACAAAUGUCUGAGAAGAGUUCUUACAAAGACAUAUUCGUCAGCAAGAGUAAUAGAAGAGCAUUCCUCAUAGCGUCAGUGGUGAGACUUGCGCAACAAUAUUCCGGCAUAAACGCAUUCAUGACUUAUCUGCAGUACAUCUUUCGAGAAGCCGGAGGUGACGUGCCAUGUCACAUCUCAUCUAUAACUUGCAUGACAUUGAUGGCAAUCGGAGCAUUCAUAUCAUCCAGAUUUAUUGACAGAUUUGGACGUAGACCUCUGCUCAUGAUCUCAUGUUACGGAACAAUAGUCACUCUAUUGUGCAUGACCGUUUACUUAAUUGUCAAUGACAAUACGGAUACAUCAGCAGUGAGUUGGCUGCCGUUAGCAAUUAUGUUAGCUUACAUUACAAUGUUCUCUGUCGGACUGUGCACAACGCCUGCAUUGCUACUUGGUGAAAUGUUUUCCGCUAGCAUCAAACCCAAAGCUGUUCUGUUAGUGACCAUCAUAUACGCAAGCACCAUCAUGUUAACGGCGAAAAUUUUUCAAGAACUUGCCGAACAUGUUAGUUUGUACGCUCCGUUUUUGUUCUUCACACUGUGCACGGUUUGUUUUACUAUCGUAGUUUCCUUCAUAUUUAUCGAAACAAAGAACAAAACGUUGGAAGAAAUCCAACAAGAUAUUAAGCAAAUUACAAGUUAAUAUUUGUUGUUAUAUGUACAUGUA